GGGGCCCCGCAGGGAGGCGCGCCGCCGCGCCGGCUGUCUCGCUCCGCAGCCCGAGUGAGCGCCGCCGCUCCUGCGCCUCGGAAGGGCAGCGGGCCCCGCCGCCGGCCCCACCCGAUGGCGAGGCUGCGGGACUGCCUGCUCCGCCUGACGGUCACGAUCCGGUCCCUGCUCUUCUGGUCCCUGGUCUACUGCUACUGCGGGCUCUGCGCCUCCAUCUACCUGCUCAAACUUUUGUGGAGCAUCGGCAAGGGACCCGCUCAGACCUUCCGGAGGGUCGCCCGGGAACACCCUCCCGCGUGUUUGAACGACCCCUCUUUGGGUACCCACUGCUACGUGCGGAUCAAGGAUUCGGGGUUAAGAUUUCAUUAUGUUGCUACUGGUGAAAGAGGCAAACCACUUAUGCUGCUGCUUCAUGGAUUUCCAGAAUUCUGGUAUUCUUGGCGUCACCAACUAAGGGAAUUUAAAAGUGAAUAUCGAGUUGUAGCACUUGAUCUGAGAGGCUAUGGAGAAACAGAUGCUCCCGUUCAUCGAGAGAAUUAUAAAUUGGACUGUCUAAUUACAGAUGUAAAGGAUAUUUUAGACUCUUUAGGAUAUAGCAAAUGUGUUCUUAUUGGCCACGACUGGGGGGGAAUGAUUGCUUGGCUAAUUGCCAUCUGUUUUCCCGAAAUGGUGAUGAAGCUUAUUGUUAUUAACUUCCCUCAUCCAAAUGUAUUUACAGAAUAUAUUUUACGACACCCUGCCCAGCUGUUCAAAUCCAGCCAUUAUUACUUCUUCCAAAUACCAUGGUUCCCAGAAUUUAUGUUCUCAAUAAAUGAUUUCAAGGCUUUGAAACAUCUGUUUACCAGUCAUAGCACUGGUAUUGGAAGAAAAGGAUGUCGAUUAACAACAGAAGAUCUUGAGGCUUAUAUUUAUGUCUUCUCCCAGCCUGGAGCAUUAAAUGGUCCAAUUAACCAUUACCGAAAUAUCUUCAGCUGCCUGCCUCUCAAGCAUCACAUGGUGACCACUCCAACACUCCUACUGUGGGGAGAAAAAGAUGCAUUUAUGGAGGCUGAGAUGGCUGAAGUCACAAAGAUUUAUGUUAAAAAUUAUUUCAGGCUAACUAUACUGUCAGAUGUCAGUCACUGGCUUCAGCAAGAACAACCUGACAUAGUGAACAAAUUGAUAUGGACAUUUCUGAAGGAAGAAACAAGAAGAAAAGAUUGACUUUUCUAUAUCUUCUAUGAGGGAUCUGUAAUGAAAUCUCUAAAUAAUUUUUAAUAAUUGUUCAUCAACCUCUUUAAGCUUAUUAGGAAAAAAUUGUUUUAAUAUGCUUUAUCAUAAGUAUCCUGACAAAUCAUAUUGAAAAAAAUCUGAGAAUGUAUGAACUUGUAACAUGAUAUCAAUUUUCUUCUGUUGAAUUUUGCACAGAAAAGCAGCUGCCUUAAAAUGUGUGCAAUAGUACAAAAAGGAAGUUGGGGGAAAUGGCUCAGUUUUGGUUUCUUGCAUUCUUUGCCCUGUUAACAUCUGGUGCCUUUUACAAAUGUAAAUUAAAGAUUAGCUGUGCCAUAUUAAAAAAAAAAAAAGGUAAACCUGCAAUGGUAUAUAAAUUUUCAUUUUAUUGUUCAAAAGUUCUUUUUACUAUUUUCAACCAUUAAAAAAUUCUAUUGUCAAAUCUCUUGGAUUUAUAGUAUAUUUAUUAGUUUGAAGGCAAAUAUGACUAGAAGAAUAUGCAUUUUGAAAACAGGCCAUAAUACUACUUAUACUGGAAAGACUAAUAACAGGUGAUGUAGAGAUUCUCAUGUAUACAUACAUACGUAUUAAACAUUGCAAAGUAGAAAAGCACAUCCAACAAAUUACUUGUCUAAAUCUUCCAGCUAAAUUGGUGAGAGAUUUAGACAAAGGAUCAAAAUGUCCUUUUGCCCCAUUAAGGCAACCAGAAUUGAAUUCAGUAUUUCCUAUGUGCACUAGAAUCUAAGCUCCACAAGGCAGAGUUUUUUACUGUUCUAUUAACUGGCAUAUAUCCAGCAUCUAGAAUAAGGGCCUGGCUCCAUUGUAGGCACUCACAUAUUUGCUUAAUGAAUAAAUAACAUAUGUGACACAUUGCUAGGCACGUGAGGGAAAUAUAAAAGAAAGAUGGCAUGGUAACAUGGAACUUUCCCUUAAAGAAGCAUACACACAACGCAGUUAAAUUAAACAAGGAUUCAAGAGUAGAAAUAAACAUUACAAAUAAGAAUGGGAAGAGUUACAAAAUAGAGAAUGAUACAAGCUCAAGGGAAUACUACUCAUUCUCUUGGGUUGCUCUCCUUUAGCAUGGGAGACAACCAGUAACAUCGCCAAAUUAUGGUUCCAUAGAAACUACAAUUGUGUUCCUAAACAAGACUAAGUUGGUGAAAAAAAUGUCUUCCUAAGUGUAGUUCUAAUAGUGACAGAAGAAAGUGGAAUGUCUCUAAGAAUUCUCAUCAUUGUAUCCUAAGCAACUUGUAUAUAUUAAUAAAAACCCAAUUUUCUGUA